AUGAAGCGCAUCUUCAACUCGUUCAGCAAGCGGACUAGUCCGACGCGCUCCAGUCCUCCACCAGCUUAUCCUGAUGACUCGCCGGAGGGCAUCCUUCUUCGAGAGAUUGUUUGUUCCUUCCACCGUGGUUCUUUCGGGAACGAGUACGUUCAUCUGCCGGGCAUUGUCGAAAAUGCCGAGUCCAGCCCCAACGCAGCCCGCGAAGCCGCCGUGUUCAUCCGCAAGAUCCUCUCGGAGCCGUCGAAGCACCCUACGCAUGUACAGUACAAUGCGAUCAUGCUCAUCCGUAUCCUUGCCGACCAUCCCGGUCAUGUAUUUUCGCGCAACCUCGAUGCCAAGUUUGUCGCGACAGUGAAGGACCUGUACCGACAGGGGAGGGAUCACCGCGUCCACAGCUUCUUGAGGGACACCCUGGAUGGCUUGGAGGUGCAGCGAGCGGGGGAUGAGGAUCUCAGGCUUCUCCUGGAAAUGUGGAACACGGAGAAGGAAAAGAGCAAUGGUGGUCGGCCUAACGGGUUACGUGUGAUGCGGGCGCCUCUGCUGUAUUCUUCUCCCUUGGGAAAUCAGAACACUCUACCACAGCCCGAAGAGCUUGCUGAGCGUAUCUCCGAGGCGAAGACCUCGGCGAACUUGCUCACGCAGUUCGUCCAAUCCACCCCGGUCACGGAGUUACUCGAGAACGAGCUCAUCCGCGAAUUCUCCGACCGAUGUCGCACUGCGUCUGGUGUGAUCCAGAACUAUAUUAAUGCGACAAAUCCGGCUCCCGAUGAGGAUACUUUGUUGACGCUCAUUCAAACCAAUGACGAAAUCACUGUGGCGCUGUCGAAUCAUCAGCAUGCCCUCCUUCGGGCGCGUAGAACCCUAGGCCAAAGCGGUAGCCAGUCUCCAGCAACAUCGUCCAACAACGAGCCUGCAGCCUCAGGCGCUGUGCAAUCGCACGCAGCACCUUCACUACCACCUCGGGAGCCACAACGUACUGGGCCGGGUCCCUCGGGGGCAUACAGUAACAACAACAAUGACGGCUGGAACGAGCAGCAAUCGGGCGGUUACGAGGAACAAAAUCCGUUUGCAGAUCGCCAUGACACAAGCACUGCCGGCCCUUCGACGUACGGCGAGCCGAGGGCAGACGGGCCGAGCAGUGACUGGUGGACACAGGCGCAACGACAGCAUUCAUAA